AUGAGCCUGAAUUAUCUCCUCGUCACUCUCCUCAGCACAGCGGCCCGGUCGCAGUGGAAGCUGCCGGCGAUAUCCGUCAGGCCCUGCAACUGCUCGGCUCGCGUCUACGUUUACGACCUUGAGCCGCCGCUGACGGACCCAGGAUAUGGAGAGGCGCACAACCCGUUCCAUCGGCGGCCAGACACGCCCGGUCCAUGGGACCCCAACGAGCAAGGAGAACAUAUGUAUGCGCUGACGAGCAUCCUCGAGUACCGCUUGCGGCGGUCGUGCUGCCGCACAACUGAUCCAGAGGAAGCAGACCUGUUCUUCGCACCCAUCGCUCCACGGCCAAGAGAGAGAGCAAGUCUUUACUUCGAAUUGUGCCAAUCUGGAAAUUUGAGCGCAAAAUCGGUGCGGCUUGCGCUUCGACACGCGCGCGAGCCAUGGCGUGCUUGCCGGCACUUCUUCAGCUUGCCGCACCACUACCACUUUGAGCAGUGCGGCGGUUGGUUCGCGCACCCGAAGCCUCCAUACGAGCUCAUGAUGCGUGUGGGGUAUCUGCACUCCAUCACCCCGUCGCUCGAACGUCGGGUGAGGGCGGAGGCGCUCAAUGAUCACACAGCGAAGCGGAGCCAUCUGUGGAAAGAUCUCUCGAAGGUGAGCAGCAACAUCAGCUCGACAUACCCGAACUUGAUCUCCGUGCCAUACCCGAGUGUGCGCUGGUCAAGCGGCCAGACGCGGGCUGGCUUCUCGCCCCCAUGGGAACGCGAGCAGCACGGUCUGGAUCGCCCAGUAAUCUCCCCAACCAUGCUAUUUGUUGGCAGUGCGGCGCACGGGGACGUUGCGGUCCGGACUCUCGUGGUAAAGCAAUGCGAGGCUCACCCGCGCUGUACCGUGAGCCCGUGGCGAGGUGGCGCGUCGCUGCUCGACAAGCAGCGCGCAGUUUUUUGCCUGGAGCCCAGUGGGGACAGCCCCGACCGCAAGUCUGUCAGUGAUGACGUGGCAAUGGGCUGCAUUCCCGUCUUUUUCUCCGCGAUUUCGAGCGGCCUUGCGCCCUGGUUUUGGGCGGCGGCAGGCUCCGCUGGAGGGGGCUAUGUGCUCAUCGAGCGCGAGCCCUUCUUGGUUGGAAACGUGACUCUCGAGAGCGAGCUCGGCCGCAUGCCUUCUGCUCGCGUCGCGGCCCUUGGCCAUGCCGUGACCCGCGUCGCCCAUGGGUUCCAGUACUCAAUCGAUGAUGACCCCGGAGAUGCAGUGGACGUGCUGCUUACAGGACUCCACAAGAUGGCCGACGCACAGUGCCCGCACCACACGCAUCAGCAGCCAUAA